UAUGUAUUCUGAUUUUUGCUCAAUAUCAAUGAUUAUAAAAUUACUAGUUUUACAUAAUAAUGGUCCGAACGUUGUAUGUUAUAUUAUUUGGCAUUUGCCAAUAGUGGUCAAAGUCGUUCAACGGAGAAUUAACUGAAAUUUCAAAAAAUGAAAGUUUUCUUAACCGGUGCUUCAGGACUUUUGGGUAGGGCUAUUUAUCAACGUUUUACUAAAGAAACCGAUUGGACUGUUUGCGGGAUCGCACAUAAUAGAGUUGGCUCCGGUUUAACCAAAUUGAAUUUAUUGGAUAAAUCGUCUGUAACAGAUUUUCUGAAUGCUACCCAACCUGACGUGAUUGUUCAUUGCGCAGCCGAACGUUAUCCAGACAGAGUGGAACGUGACCCUCAGGCGGCUUACGACCUCAAUGUAGACGCAACUGCUCAUUUAGCCCAUGAAGCAAACCGCCUUAAUGUGCCAUUGUUGUACAUCAGUACAGACUACGUAUUUGAUGGUAAAAGUAGUCCUUACAAAGAAACCGAUAAACCAACACCUAUUAACGAGUAUGGCAGACUGAAACUUUUAGGAGAAAAGGAAGUUUUAGAAGCUAAUCCAAGAAAUAUAGUUUUUCGCAUUCCAGUAAUUUAUGGCCCAGUCGAAACUUUAGAAGAGAGUGCGGUUACGGUUUUGUUCAAAGGCUUAAAGAAAUGUCAACAAGAAAAAGAAACUUUUCAGGUAUCGAACUAUGAACUGCGUAAUCCAUCCAGUGUAAACGACAUAGCACAAAUAGUUUUUAAGCUUGUUGAGAAAAAACUUUUUUCAAGUCCAGAUCUUAAUGGAAUUUUUCACUGGUGUGGUAAUGAGGUGCUAACCAAGUACGAUAUGGUCGUUAAGAUGGCUAAUACUUUUGGAUUAAGUCUAGAACGAGUUGUUCCGGUUGUUGGACAGCCUGGAGCACAGCGACCGUACAAUACAUGUUUAGAUGUAUCACGUAUAUCUCAAUUAGGAAUCGGAACUCAUACAGAUUUUGCAGACGGAAUAAAGUCUGCUUUGGCAAAUUGGAUCAGUGUAUGAUAGUAUUAUUCCCUGUGCAUAUUAUUAAAACAAAAUUAUGUAGAUAGGUUAUUAUGUUAUUUCAAACAGCAUAUAACCCAUGACUAGUUACCAAUUAUAUUAUGUUUUAAAAUACAAUUUUGAUGAAAUACUUGUAAUUAUUUUGUGGCCAUGUAAGUUAAAUGUAAUAAAAUACGUAUUAGCUUCGAUGCAAUGUUGAGAAGUUAUAGCCUUGCAA